AUGCACCUCCAUGGGCGGCUCGGCUGCGAGCACGCGUACCCCGACGAGCUAAAGGACCUCACGCCGGUCGAGGAGAAGCUCAUCUCGCUCAACUCGUGCUACGGCUUCGUGACGAAGUAUAGCAUCCCCGGCGGCCAGAGGCAGAGCGUGAGGUACCCGAGGCACGUCAAGGGCCAUAUCACGGUGUUCCCGAACGACGUGCAGGGCCUGGCUGCCAAGGUGCUCCCGCACCCGCUGGUCCGGGUCAUGGACGAGAUCCACGUCUCGUGGCAGGGCGCUGAGAGGCCCGGGCCGCGGGACCUAUCAGGCCUGCUGUCGGUAAGGCGGUCGGCGGUCGAGAGGGCGCUGGCCUGGCUCAAGGAGAACAACCCGCUCUACGGCGAGGUCGAGAUCGACGCGGCGGAGAUAGCCAGCUGGGGGCGCCGCCGCACGGUGCCGCCGGUGGUGUGCGAGCGGCUGGAGCGAAACGAGCCGUCGGCGCGGGAGAGGACGCAGACGGCGCAGGUGGUGCCGCCGUCGGAGCGGGCCAUGGACGACGGAGGCGCGGCCGAGAUCGAGGAGGUCCUCGCGAUGCUAAGGCAGGGCCAGGACCCCGCCGAGGGGAGCCGCGACGUCGGGCUCACGUGCGAGGACGACGACAGGGACGGCGCUAGGCCCGAAGAGGACGGGGACGUAAUCAAUGAGGUAACGUCUUCCGGCAUGUUCCCGUUAGAUGGGGCGCCAGAUGUGGCCGACGCCGAGAAGAUUCGCUUCGCCCGCGACGCGGUCGGGCCCGAGGGAGCGCGCGCCAGCCCGAGGACGUGGGUAGGGACGGCGGCCAGAGGGGCGGCGGGCGACGGCGGCGACGGCGAGCCGUACAUACAGGUGCGACGCGGCGAGGAUUUCGCCGACUCGGCGGACGCCUCCUUCUUUGCAAAGGCCUUUCCGACCCUGUUCCCAUUGGGCGCCCAGGCGGAGCGGGUUGCAGAGGGCCUUAUGUCGACGCGGAACAUGAAGCUCCAGGCAUGGGCCGACGUCGUGCUGCGGCGUCACGGCGGCCGGUUCGCGACGCACCCUAUCUUCGCCUUCCUUGUCUUUAACAUGGGCGUGCGGUCUAAGAACCGCCAGGCCAGCAUGCUAGGCGUAGCGAGGAAGAACUUCGCAAGGGUCGAGGGCCUACUAAAGUCGUUAACGGCGCAGAGGCUCGAGGCGGCCAGGGCCGAGCUCGAGGCCACAGGUAAGACUAGCGACGACGGGGUAAAAGAGCUCCUCCGGUCCCUCUCCGUGUUCGGCUACCGGCAGCCAAUGUCGAGGGAGAGCCGCCUUAGUAUGCGGAAGAAGAUACUAUCCCUCAUCGUUAGGUACGGGGUGCCGGCUAUCUGGUUCACGCUGAACCCGAACGACAUUACGAACCUAGUAAAGUUACGGCUAGCGGCGCACCGCGGCCGCGACCCCGACGAGGCCGAGGCCUUCCUAAGUGACCUAGGGACCGCGUAUAAGCGGACGCGGCUGGCCAUAUCGGACCCGAUGAGCUCGGCCGUCUUCUUCCACCGGGAGAUGACGCUCUUCUUCGAGCACUACGUCAACGUCGGGGAGGACGAGGCGCCCUCCACAUCCACGGGCUCCUCUGGCUGGGGCAACGCGGGCAUUGGCGACGCGCUCGCCGGCCCGGACGCGGAGGAGCAGGCGGCGUACCGGGAGCGCAUCGUCCGCUACGUAGAUAGCGUCUUCUCUGAGGAGCUAGACGCAGAAGGUUACUGUGCCAUGCAGGCGGAGCGGUCGGCCACGGCGCACAUGUCGUCGCGGCUCGACGACGUCGCGCGCUUCACGGACACCUUCGACGAGGAGGCCAACUUCUGCGCGGGCGCGACGCAGAUCCAUACGCAUAGCGCGACCUGCGUAAAAUACUCGCUCGGCGGGGGCGCGGAAGGGGACCUCUGCCGGUUUAAGGCGCCGUGGAGGUUGGUGGAGAGGACGGCGCUGACGGCGGACGGGGUGCUCGAGAUCCGGCGGACGCAUAGCAUGGUGAACCGGUGGAACAGGGCGAUGGCAGUGGGGCUACGACACAACCACGACAUCUCGUUCAUCGCGACGCAGCGCAAGACCAUGGCCCUAAUCUACUAUAUUACUAACUAUGCGACGAAGGUAGAGGACCCCGUGUGGAAGCGUGUGGCCGCCGCGGCCGAGUUCCUUCCUGUGCUAGAGCCGACGGGAGAGGGCAACAGAAGUGGCGCCGACCGCGACGCCGGCCGGGAGGGCGGGGCCGAAGGGGUAGCGACGGCGGCGGACCCCGUAGGGGGGAAUAAGACGAGAACGUUCCUGCUUAAGGCGGCGAAUCGAGUCUUUACGGAGCGGCCGCUGUCGCAGGUCGAGGUGAUCGCGCACCUCCUAGGGUACCCGGCGGAGUUUAGCAGCGGCUCAGCGUGGGCGUAUAUAAACGCAAACCAGCUCUACUGGGCCGUCUUCCGCCGGUGGCGGCACCUCCGACGGGCGAGCGGCGCCGAGGCGACGGGCGACGCGCCGGACGAGACGGCGCUUAGGCGGCCGGGUUGCGGGGCGACUGUAUGCGUCGACGGAUACCUCAGCAAGGAGUUCAGCGAGGAAGACGACGAGUCGUGCCACCGGAGGGCGGCGGUGCAGCACCUGGCCCUAUUCGUGCCGUGGGAGUCCUUCCUCGGCGAGGAGGCAGGCGACAUUAACAACAUCUGGGCACGGGCGCGGGAGUCGCUGGCGCCGAGGGUCGCGCGGCUCGCAGACAACGUGCAGCUCCUCCGGCGGUCGGCGGAGGACGCGAAGCGCGACGCCAAGCAGUGGGCCGCCACGGCCGAGGAGGGCGGUAUGACGGCGCCGCAGGCCGACGACGAAGGCAGGGGGGCGGCCGAAGGGGGCGAGGAGGCAUACCGCGCCGGCGGGGCGGGCGACGCGGCUCGGCUCAUCGACGUCGUCCCGAACGCCGCCAGCGCGGGACAAGUCACGGCGCAGUCAACAGAGCUGCUAGCGAUGACGCAGCAGCUCUGCCGGUUCCAGCAGUCGGCGCUCGGGCAGGCGGGUGAACCUACCGGGCUCGGCGCUGUCGGGGCGGCACUGCCGCGGCAAGAAGAGGUGCGGGCCAUCAAGUCGCAGCAGAGGAGCGCGGCGCGGGAGCGGGAGCGGGCGAUCCAGGGCAUCCAGGGCGGCGGGGCGGCGGCGGGCGUCGGGGCCGACCGCGGCGCGGCCCUUCGCGGGGUGAUGGGGGGCUUCGGCGAGGACGACAUCGACGUAACGGCGGCCGACGGCGACGCAGACGCAGGCACGGCGGCGGGGAUGCGCGAGCUGGCGGGCCAGCUCACGCUCAACGAGAAGCAGGCCAUCGCCCUCCUAAUCGUGUGCCGGCAACUCGACCGAAUCCGGCAGGGCGACGACGCAGGCGGCGACGGUGGUGGCCAGCUCUGCCUAUUCAUCGGCGGCGAGGGCGGCACCGGCAAGUCGCGCGUCAUCGAGGCGCUCGUCGAGCUGCUCGCCCGGAGGGACCUAUCGAGCCGGGUACUGGUUACGGCGACGUCGGGGACGGCGGCAGCGCGGAUCAACGGCAUCACGCUGCACUCGGCCUGCGGCCUUACGGGCGAGCGCUUCGUCGACGGCCGGUCGCGGAUGGACUGGCAGGAGAAGGAGGUGCUGGUGAUCGACGAGGUCAGCAUGCUCGGGGCGCGGACGCUGCACGCCGCCAACGAGCAGCUCUGCCGGCUGCGGGGGUUCCGGCCGGUGCAGGAACGGUCGAUCCUGCUGCCGAGCGCGGCGGUGGCGUGGGACGAGGACGGGGCGUUCGCGGCCGAGCAGCGGCGGCAGCACGACAAGGCGCACGCGCUGUGGCGGCGCUUCACGACGGUCGUCAUGCUAGACGAGCAGAUGCGGGCCGCCGGCGACCCGGAGCUGCGGCGGCUGCUCGGGCGGAUCCGCCGGGGCGAGCAGGACCGGUCGGACCUAGAGCUGCUCAACUCGAGAUGCUACCGGCCGGGCAGGCGGAUCCCGUGGGAGACGGGCCUGACGGUGGUGACGCCGCUCAACCGGAACCGCUGGAACCUCAACCUAGAGGCGGCGCUCGCGUUCCGGGAGAGGCGGCGGACGGCGGCGCGCGUCUUCCUCUCCGAGCAUAAGUGGAGGGACGGCGUGCCGACGGAAGAGGAGGCGGUGCUAAUGCUAGGCCAGGGCGACGACAGCGCGACCCCGGUGCCGGCCGUCUUCCUCUUCGUGCCAGGCAUGCCGGUCGUCGUGAACCAGAACACGCACCAGGGGCUGAAGCUUCUCAUCAUGCACUUCGGGCCGCCGGCGGGCAUCGUGCUGGCCUCGGAGACGACCAAGGACUUCCACUUCGUCGGGAUGCCUGCCGGGACGAUCCUGCUAACGCCCAUCAGCGUCAAGAUCACAGCGCAGCGGAAGCGGCCAUGGCAGCGCAACGACGUCAGCCGGAGGGGCCUGCCGUGCGCCGCGGCCUUCGCCUGCACCGACUAUAAGGUGCAGGGCGGGACGCUAGAGCGCGUGGCGCUGGAGCUGCGGGGGCGAGGAUGA